AUGAGAUAUACUUCUCUAUCUAGUCUGUUGAUACCGGUUUAUUUGGUCGUCAUCGUGCUUUCCAAAUUCUUCGACUGUCAGGAUAUCUGCAAAAACCCUGAAUUAGAGACAUAUGAAAAUGUGAUUUCGGAAAACGGUUCAUAUAAAUAUUCUCAUCAUUAUCAUUACUCACGAACAAUACGUCACAAUCAGAAGUAUCCAGUUGUUAGUGACAGUUUUAAAAAAUUUAGUACCACUCAGAAUGUUACACCGAAAUUUUCGUUUAAAUAUUACGGUAUUAACGUCACUAGAUUUGAGAUUUUUCUUGAUGGCAAAAUAAAAAUAUUCGGAGAAGAAAACAUCGGAACGAUAUAUAAUUUUGUUUACGGCGAAUCUUUUCCUGAAUAUGAGAUGGUAGAAACAAUGAUUUCAUUGCUGUCAAAUGGUAUUAUGAGAUAUUGGUUGACGGUACAAAUCCCCACGGAACAAAAAGCAACUAAACUGACCUCUAUAAUUGAAGGUGUAAUUCAGUGUGGAGAUGUGAGAGUACCUAUAAUAAGAACUGUUGGAAAAUGGAUAACAAGUGACACGUUAGUGGAGCUCAAACCUAUCGAGAAUGUGAGAGAACCUGAAAUAACAACUCCUGCAGAAUUGAUGACAAGUGACACGUCAGUGAAGCCUAAACCUAUCGAGAUAAGUUGUUCAAAACACGAUUCCAUUGAAAAAUGCCAAAAUGCGACAACAUCAAGUGUGAAAUGUAUCUGGUAUGAAGAAGCUAAUAUGUGCAUUAACAGCGAUGAUAAUGAUGUUGAGAACACCACUACAGAAAUAACUGUACACAAUAAACAUAAUAACACACCUCGUUACUUGUAUAUCGUGAUACCAGUAGCCGUCGUCGUCGCUUUCUGUGUCAUAUGCAUCGGUUGUGCUAUUUGGAUGUAUAAGAGAAAGAAGAGUAAUCCAUGAUUUACAGAAACGUCUUAUCGUUUGUUUUUAUUAUUUUGAUCGAGUUGUUUUAUUCUGUAUUUCAUCCGAAAACUUCUUUACAUUUUGUUAACCGUUUCAAUUAUUUGAACAAGUUUUAUACAAUUUUCUGUUUGUUAGCGUAUCGACUGAAGUAAUUCUGUUGAUUAAAUAACUGAAAUCGUUUUUAAUAUUCACGUGAAUUGUUUUUUCAUUGAAUA